AUGUCAGGUAUGGCUGACGUUGACACAUACGUACAUCGAUCUGGUCGGACAGGUCGUGCCGGUAAAAAGGGAAUUUGCAUUACUCUUUACACGAAUCGCCAGCGUGAUCAACUGGACAUGAUUGAACGCAAGAUUGGCAACAAGUUUAUUAUGAAAGAUCCACCGCACCAGGAUGAUCUACUUAAGGCAUCUGCUUCCAAGGCAUUGGCGGAGAUUAUCAAUGUUGAUCCUGCCAUGAUUGAGAUUUUUCGAGAAACGGCUAGUGAAAUGCUCGAGACAAUGAAGCCGGAAGCAUGCCUAGCUGCUGCCCUAGCCUGCAUUACAGGCCACACGAAGCCGCCUCGGCGCACAUCGCUCAUGUCAGGAGUACCAGAUUACGUGACGGUAUUAUUCACGAGCUCAAACUUCAUCCGGGCUAAGGGCUACGUUUGGAAUGCGCUUAACCGUGACAUUCCUGAAAGCAUUGCAAAUGAUAUCAAGCAGCUAACAAUUACAGAGGACUCGAUGGGCGUUUGCUUUGAUCUGCCAAUAGCCGGUUUAGAAGCACUUGAAAAAAAAAUCGAAGAGAGUGGCAUGAAUUGCCCUUACUCGAUUCCAAAGACACUGCCGAAGCUGCAGCAGUCGGCGUAUCAAAUACGUCAGCAGAGCGUCGGGGGACGGGGGCGUGGAGGUGGAAGCGGUCGCGGCGGCCGUGGCCGUGGAGGUCGUGGACGUCGUUAUUAG